UUUUGAGUGUUUUAAGACGGUUGUAGGAUCGGAUUUAGGCCUAAGAAAUCAUGUUUAGGGCUUGGAUUGAAUGAAGCUAGGCAUAUGGGCUUAUCAAAUAGCUCAGCCUGUGAACACCGAUUAAACCAGAAUCAGUCCGAUCCGUUCUUUUAUUUAUUGCCUAAAUUCUUCAAGCAUAACCGUAUUGAAACCUAAAUUUAUCAAUUAAUAUUCUAAUUUUCCAUUUUCCCUUCUGUAUUGUCUUAUUAUUAUUUGUGCUUCCACCUCUCUCAGUUUCCGAGGAAAAAGAAAUAAAGGUUCCUGUAAAAUAGAAAAAAAUAAUAAUAAUAAUAACAGAAACAGGGAGGAGAAGAGGAAAGCCUAUUCUGGCCGUAGGAUUACUCGUCGUCAACGGCUCUGAUUUCCUUAUUUUUUCUCAGAUCCCUCCUCCCUUCAUCUUUCUUCUCACCUCAUCUGGUCUUGGUCUCUUUCAUUGAGCAAUAUUACAGUUGGAAAAACUACAGCGGACGGUAGAAUAGCUCGGUUGCUUGUGCUUGGCUAUCAAAAACCUCAAAUAAUUGGCAUCAACUGACAAGAUAAUCUGCUUUUGCUUUUGUGAGCAGCAAAUCUGAGGUAUACUAUCUCUUCAAAAGUUGAAACGAAGCAGAGUCAGACUUUUGUUAAGUGGAAAGUCAUUGCUUGCUGCUAUUGUGAAAAAGCUUUUGUUAUGCUGAAAAGGGAAGCAACCGACUUUACUGGAUCAAGUUUUGCAAGUCACCUGGAUACUGCUUUCCAGGAAGCUGUAGAUGCUGCUUCUUCUGCUUCAUCAUCAUCAUCUUCUUCGGGUGAUGACUCUCAGGUGACACAAAAUGAAGAUGACCUAAAUAAUGGGAAUGCUUCUAAACAAUUGGUGCUUUAUGAUCCCACUGCUAAUGGUACUGUUGAUUCCACCCCUCCUGGACCUAUUCAAUGCCAACCUGCUGCAGGUCCAAGAUUUUCAUCAUCAAGAGUAUUGCCAUCUGUUGGGGCUUUCACUGUCCAGUGUGCCAAUUGUUUUAAAUGGAGGCUCAUACCAACAAAGGAAAAGUAUGAAGAAAUACGUGAACACAUUUUAGAAAAUCCCUUUGUUUGUGAAACAGCUCAUGAAUGGCGGCCUGAUAUCUCAUGUGAUGAUCCAACGGAUAUCUCUCAAGAUGGCAGCCGGCUUUGGGCAAUUGAUAAACCCAACAUUGCUCAGCCUCCUCCAGGCUGGCAAAGGCUACUACGGAUAAGAGGUGAAGGAAGUACCAAAUUUGCAGACAUCUACUAUCAAGCACCAUCAGGAAAGAGACUGCGCUCAAUGGUGGAGGUGCAAAAGUGUUUCUUUUUUUGCAGGUAUUUGAUUGAACAUCCCGAGUAUGCAACAGAAGGGGUGACUUUGUCUCGGUUUUCAUUUCAGAUUCCUAAGCCUUUACAGGAAGACUAUGUGAGAAAGCGCCCUGCCCGCCAGACAGCCUCACAUGAUAAUGCUAGUCCUCUUGAACCAGGUCAAGUGAAUCCACUAGCUUGGGCUGGUCCCGAUGACAGAGAGUUGCAGCAUGGCCGCCUAGCGCUUCCACCUCCUACCGUUGAGGCCUCUGUUUCUGAUUCAUCUAAUCGGCCAGUGAAGAAGGCUAAGAGAACACCAUCAGAACAGAUGUACAGAAGUAAUCCAGCGUCUAAUCAGCGUGGUUGCAAGGUAGAAAAGGCUGAUCGGUCGAGAAAUACCAAUUAUGGUCAGUGAGACUUGGGACCAGAUCAUUUUUUUUCACCUUGUAACCAUUUUUUGUUUGGUUUUGUUUUGGCUUUAGAAUACUAGCUUAUGUUUUCCAUAGCAGGGUAGUUAAAAGUCUGGUAGUAGCCUUUUUUGUAAGGAGUGAAUGGAGAUGGGGUGUUAUGGAGUUGCAGAGCUUGUUUGUCAGGAAUAUGUUAGAAAACUAUAUUUAAAAAUAUAUGACAUCAUGUAUUUGUUUAUGACAUUGGGCUAUACCUAAUGUUUUCUUUCAGUGUAAUGCAAAGGUACUGAUUUUGGCAUCUUAAGACCAAAUAGGCAAAGUGAUGUGGAACUUAAAAUAAGAUUGGAUGAAUAAAAGCAGGUUUGAUGAAGAAAUCCAAGUUUGAAGAUCAUUAUUCGGGUAUC